AAUCGCAGAUAUCGCGAAUGUUGAUGUUUUGUUCUCUGCAAGUUUUGUCCCAAUUUGGCUGGCAUUAAUCAUGAAGAUACUGUGUGAUGUGGUUGUGCACAAUCGCCAGCGAUCCAGUGCAUCGUACAAGAGUGCUAAAUCAACGCUGGCUCUGGGCUUUCAUCCGCCAGGUGGGAAGCCUGACAGCAUCCUCUUUGUCAUCCUGUUCACGGCCAAGAGUAAGUCCGGGACGCGGUAUCAGAUCACAGACAAUGUGAAGCAAGUGUUCACGAGAUUUGUGGAGGAUGGGAAGUUCACGAUAUCGCUGAAGAAUCCAGAGAUAGACAUUCAAGUGCGCAGCAAAGACACUGUGUUGCUGAAGAACUUCCUUCGGUGCAUGAAUGUGGCCCUCAAGGGCGAUGACCAGAAUCGAGAGAAGCUGAGACUGAGUACACUGAGUGUCACGCCUGUGACCAGCAAUUUGCGCCCCGUGACAAAACUCACCAUCGCCAAGAGGUCCGAUUAUCCCGUGAAAGGUCUGCCCAAGACACUGAUUCAUCUGGAGGUGAUUGGUCUGAACAAAUCUCGUGUAGAUUCACAAAUAUUGUACCUGAAGAACUUGACGCAUCUCAAUCUCAGUGACAAUGCCAUCUCAAAGAUGCCAAAGGCACUGGGAGAACUGCAUUUGAUCACUCUCAACAUGUCCGGAAACGUGUUGGGCAGCGAGAUUGGUGGCUGUGAUUGGAGGUGGCUGGAGGGAUCGGGAGUUUCAAGAUCCCUGGUCACUCUGGAUCUCUCAAACAACUACCUGAAGAACUUCCCCUUCAAUCUCACCAAGUUGCAGAGACUGAAUGAUCUGAAUUUGGACUUCAACAGUAUCAAAAAGAUCCCUUUUGCCAUCCAGAGCAUGAAGACUCUGAAAUCCUUCAGUAUAGAAAGAAAUGAACUGGAAUCUUUGCCAUGUGCCUUGGAAAAUUUGUGCUUCGACGAUAUAAAUGUGUCACACAAUAAUUUCCCAGACAACACUGAUGAUAUUCCACAACAUGAAUUUGUGUUCAAGCAAUCCAUCAGCCUUCUUGAGAUCUCUGCUCGUGCCGUUCGCAGAUUCAACGUUCCGUAUGCUCACCCAUCGUCCCAUCCAAAUAUCCAAUGGAACACCGUUCCGUGGAUUGUGGCGAAUCUCCUGGAUUACACUCCGCUGUGCACUUGUGGGAAUCUCUGCUUCAGCGCCAAGAUCUACGAGAAAUGCUCUGCCAUUCAGCUGCGCUACAAAUGCAUCACUUCGAAUGCUGCCGGAGUCAUUCUGGCGGACGGUGUCUUCUGCAGUCGCCGGUGCUUCGAGAGACGAUUGGUGAAUUGAUUCAAAACACUUGUUAACUCCAUUUACUCAUAAAGC